UUUUGCUAAGCUUCUAAAGCCCAGAACGGCCAUGGAAUCCAGAGCAAUUUCAACCCUGAUAUCUCAGGAUCCUAAAGAACUACCAGUACUAGUGAAAGUAGAAGAGGGCCUUUCCUGGAGUCAGAAAUUUAAACAGAGCGGGAGUAUGCAAUCCUGCCAAGAAUUAUUUCGCCAGCAAUUCAGAAAGUUUUGCUACCAGGAAACACCUGGGCCCCGUGAGGCUCUGGGCCGACUCCAAGAGCUUUGCUAUCAGUGGCUAAUGCCAGAGUUGCACACAAAGGAACAGAUCCUAGAACUGCUGGUACUGGAACAGUUCCUGAGCAUUCUGCCUGAGGAGCUGCAGAUCUGGGUUCAGCAACAUAAUCCAAAAAGUGGUGAGGAAGCUGUGACCCUCUUGGAGGAUUUGGAGAGGGAAUUUGAUGAUCCAGGACAACAGGUCCCAGCUAGUCCACAGGGACAAGCAGUGCCAUGGAAGGAUUUGACAUGUUUCAGAGCAUCCCAAGAGUCAACAAACAUCCUACUCCAGCCUUUAAAGACACAGCUGAAAUCUUGGAAACCCUGUCUUUCCCCCAAAAGUGAUUCUGAGAACAGUGAAACAGCAAUAAAGGAUGUCACUUCAGGAGAAAAAUCACAGGGACUCCCUCAGGAACUUUCAUUUGGAGGAGUUAGUGAGCAUGAAAGCAGUUUGGAGUGGCAGCAAGGAGGUGAUACAGGGGAGAAAUUAAGAAGAUCCCCUUCUCAGGGGAGCAAUUUUAAUCAUGUGAUCUUCACACAUACAUCUCUAGGAAUGAGAGACCACCAUGAUGAGCCUCAAAGAUGCUUAAUUCUAAGUACAAACUCUAUAAUGUGUCAGAAAGUUCCUACAGAAGAGAGACCUUAUAGAUGUGAUGUAUGUGGGCACAGCUUCAAGCAGCAUUCUUCUCUAACACAACAUCAGAGAAUCCAUACUGGAGAAAAGCCCUAUAAGUGUAACCAGUGUGGGAAGGCCUUCAGUUUGAGGUCAUAUCUUAUUAUUCAUCAGAGAAUUCAUAGUGGUGAAAAAGCAUAUGAGUGCAGUGAAUGUGGGAAAGCCUUCAAUCAGAGCUCAGCCCUCAUUAGACAUCGGAAAAUUCAUACUGGUGAGAAAUCUUGCAAAUGUAACGAGUGUGGCAAAGCAUUUAGUCAAAGUUCAUAUCUCAUUAUACAUCAAAGAAUUCACACUGGCGAGAAACCCUAUGAAUGUAAUGAAUGUGGGAAAACCUUUAGCCAGAGUUCAAAGCUUAUUAGACAUCAGCGAAUUCAUACAGGAGAGAGACCCUAUGAAUGUAACGAAUGUGGAAAAGCUUUCAGACAGAGUUCAGAGCUGAUUACCCAUCAGAGAAUACAUAGUGGAGAGAAACCCUAUGAAUGUAAUGAAUGUGGAAAAGCUUUCAGUUUGAGUUCAAACCUCAUCAGACAUCAGAGAAUUCACAGUGGAGAGGAACCUUAUCAGUGUAAUGAAUGUGGCAAAACCUUCAAAAGGAGUUCAGCCCUUGUUCAGCAUCAGCGAAUCCAUUCUGGAGAUGAAGCUUACAUAUGUAAUGAAUGUGGGAAGGCUUUCAGGCAUAGAUCAGUCCUCAUGCGCCAUCAGAGUGUCCACACUGUAAAAUAAGUUGUGAAUACAUUGAAUAUUGUUAAUGCUUCAGUCAGAUUCUUUGCUAGUCAGGAUUUACUUUGGAUCAAGACUUCAUAAAGGUGGUAAACCACUAGAUUGGUAAACUACUACUAAAGUCAGUUUAACUUUUUAAGCAGUACUUCACAAUGCUAGUACAAAUUGUCCCUUGAAAGCUUUUCUGUGACUUAAUCAGAGCAGAAGACAAAAAUCACUAUUUCCAACUCUUAACAUUAGGAAGAUGCAGGAAGUAGAAAAGGUAAAUGUAACAUUAAUGCUUCAUUUUAUAUGAGAAUGUCAUGAAAGGGAUAUAGCAACCUGGGCUCUGCUACUGCAUCUCAUUAUUAGUAUGCCAAGUUUAGGGGAUGGUGUGGACAGAAUGAGAAACUAUGUCAGGAACCCAAAAAACCACAUACCCAGUUAAGAACAGAUAAGUCAGCAAGAAAGGUAGGGAAAUAGUUUCAUCAAUCAUGUGUUGAGCCCAAGGCAGCCCAGAAGUAAGCUAGGCAUGAGAAGGGGGGGGAAAAAGCAUUCAUCCAACAGCUGAGUACCUGCUUUGUGCCAGGGACUAGGGAUACCAUAGAAAGCACGACAUAAUCUGCAGUCUAAUGGGCAAGGCAGUCAAACAGGCAGUGACACAUAUAGUCAGUGUGACCUUGAGGAACACCUGAUGUGGCUGAAAUGAAGAAAAUGACAAGGAUGAAGAGUAGUUGGAAGGCCAAGUGAGUGUGUUCUCAGUAGAGAGAACAAAGGUUGGGAGAAAUAUAUGGUGCAUUUCUGUUGAGUUCCUUUUGAAGUAGAGUUAUGUCUAUAGGAGAAGUACGUGUAUAACCAAGACUCUUAGGUAGUACCUUUAACAAAAUAUGAACUAAGGAGAAGUAUGUGUUAGUGAUCAAAACUGGAGCUGUUGGAUCACCGGACAGUCAGCUUUGUUUUGAUCAAUGUGACCCCAGGGAAAAGGGGAAAUAUGGUUUCCUUUCCCAACCUGUGGGCUAAGUUUGAACUUUAUAGAGAUAGUGGUGGGAGUAGGGGGUAACAAAAAGAGCCCAGCCUAGAUGUUAAGUCUGUUGGAGUUCUCAAUCACCUGAUCUAAGACAAAGACUC